AUGCAGCCCAAGGGGGGUUCGGGGAAAGGGGAGAGCUCGGACCCCCCCGGCCCCGCCGCGGUGGAGGGGGGAGCGGCGUGCGGGCUCAGGAAAGAGCGGGGCUGCGGGCCCGGGAUCGGGGGUGCGGGAUCGGGGCUGCGGGAUCGGGAGAGAUCGGGAUCGGGGGUGCGGGAUCGGGAGAGAUCGGGAUCGGGGGUGCGGGAUCGGGAGGGAUCGGGAUCGGGGGUGCGGGAUCGGGAGAGAUCGGGGGUCGGGAUCGGGGGUGCGGGAUCGGGAGAGAUCGGGAUCGGGGGUGCGGGAUCGGGAGAGAUCGGGAUCGGGGGUGCGGGAUCGGGAUCGGGGGUGCGGGAUCGGGAGAGAUCGGGAUCGGGGGUGCGGGAUCGGGAGAGAUCGGGGGUGCGGGAUCGGGAUCGAUCGUGCGGGAUCGGGAGGGAUCGGGAGGGGGGGUGCGGGAUCGGGAGGGAUCGGGGGUGCGGGAUCGGGAGGGAUCGGGAGGGAUCGGGAGGGAGGGAUCGGGGGAUCGGGAUCGGGAGGGAUCGGGCGGGAUCGGGAGGGAUCGGGAUCGGGGGUGCGGGAUCGGGAGAGAUCGGGAUCGGGAGGGAUCGGGGGUGUUUUAUAUGGGGUUUAAAGCGCAGGGAAGCGGGCCUGUCCGAGCAGCGGGGUAGAGUUAGAGGGACGGCCGUUUUAAUAACCAAGAUCAAUUUCUAA